AUAUUCAUAGCUACUGACACCACAUGUAUUCUACCACCCUUUGGUGGCCAUUGAUCAGGCUUUGUUUGUACUAAAUCAUGUGUUGCUGUACCAACUUCCAAUUGUCAAAACCUGCAACAAAUAUCUUGUUGUUUAAUGAGCACAAAUAGAAAAAAGACUUUAUACCAGUUUGUACAAUAUUCAUUGAGUAAAUACCCCCUAGGUAUAAAAUCCAAAUCUACUUUCGCUAUUUGCCACUACAGAGUUUCAUUAUUCACAGAACCAUUGAACUAUAACAUAAGCACUGUAGGAGUCAUGGUCAUUAAAAAAGUAUUUACAGUUCAAAGAAAAAAAAUAUGAAUUUUGGUAACAUAUUUACUGUACAAAUGUCCAAAUUAUGAUUUACAGUUAGAAUCCAACUAGAAUUUUGUAUUCAAAUUUGCAUCCUYAGGCUUUUGAAGUCCCUCAUUAUUCAAACUUAUGUGUUGUCUGUCCAAUAUUUGCAUAAAGUGUCUAGAAAUAGCAAUAUUGUAUGGCUGUAUUCAAGUAAACAAAAUAUAACUGCAGAAAUUGCUACAUGUCUUCAUGCAUAUUGUCCAAGUUUUAUUCUUUCAUGCAAUGCAAUUUACUAUUGAAACAUGAAAACAAUGGUUUUCAUCAUUUCCUCUCCGUGCUAGUUGAGCUUCAAAGCUCAGAAGUAAGGGACUAGAAAGAGAAACAGUUCAAGAAAGAUGUUGGGUACACUAUAACGAGUKAACAAGAUGAUCUGAGUGACAUGGAAAGUGGAUAUCUCAGCCCUGGAAAUGACAAUACCUUGACACAACUCACUCUUACUUCAACAAACUUGCAGCAUGGCUUUAUCAGCCCACAGCCUAAGAACGACAUUAGAGUUAAGUUUGAGUUUCAAGGCGAAAGAAGGAUUGUCCCAGUUUCCAGACCUGUGAUACUAACAGACCUUCAGCAAAAAGUCAAGACUGCUUAUGGUCAUGAAUUAUGUAUGAACUAUAUCAAUGAUGAGAUAACAAUUCCAAUUGUCAACCAGUCUGACCUUGAGAAAGCAAUAGAGAUACUUGACAGAAGUCCRCAUCUUUCAAGCCUGAGAGUAUUUCUUACGAUGCCAAAUGGUGUUGUCAAUAGGAAUAAGACUUCAACUCACUCUAGACGAAUGAUGGUAGAGGCUCUAAUCCCAGCUCCACCAAACCCUAAAGUAGGRUCAUUGUUUGGUCGUAGUCUUGGUAGACGAUCUCGUUCUAAGCCAACAAGUUAUGGACUUGGAUCAAGCUUUCUCUUUACAAGGUCACAGUCUACACCAGAUGAGAUUGCCAACAUGAUUGAGGACACACCAAGUACUCCAACCCUGGCCUGUUAUCAACCAGUACAGUACAUGUCAACAAACGACAUUCACACUAAAGGAAGAGACUCGCCACCCCCUGGAUUCCAUCCCGACUCGGCUUCAUUUGUACCGAGAAGACCUCACCCAUUUAUAAGGAGUGAAGGCGAAUUUAUCCCUGARGGUUAUGCUUCAAACAGUGAGAUGGUACAUCGCCAUGUUAGAAUAUUCAACCCUUUAUCGCACAGUGAAGUUCGAGUUGUGUCAAGUCCAAGUUCAGAAGGAUCAUUGACUGGCUCCUCGUCAUCCCUUAAUGGGACAUUUUCAUUCGGCAGUGCUGGUGAAGUKUACUCGUUUUCACGGACGGCACGAAGGACUUACUCAAACAGCUCCCUUAAUUCAGGAGGGAUGUUUUCAUCCGAGGAGGACAUGUUGGAYGGCAAGGCUGAUACUUUCCCACGACGACGACAGACAUUUAGUGGGUCUAUAUCAGAUAUAAAUGACGGUCAUCAAACRUUCCCAAGAUUUCAAAGUCUUACAACACGCAAGCCUAUUCCAGCGUCAAUGAGAUCUGAUAUGUCAUCACAACAAAGUCUUGCGAGUACCAGUAGCAGCAGUAGUGGGAUGAUGGCGGACAUAGAGGGUGGAUACCGCAGACCUAGACGGGAAUCGGAACCAGGCUUGUAUUCCUCCAACAUGGACCAUAAAAUUCCAACAACUCAAUUCCCCAACAAUUGGCGAAAGGGAAAACUAUUAGGGGCUGGUGCAUUCGGACAAGUUUACAUGUGUCAUGAUUUAGACACAGGUCGCGAACUCGCAGUCAAACAAAUCGAGACUGGACUUUUAAAUAACUCGACCAAAAACGAGGUGCGCGCUUUGGAAGGUGAGAUUGAAUUUAUGAAGAAUUUUAGACAUGAGCGAAUAGURCAAUAUUAUGGUAUGGAGACUACAGAUCUUCAUAUCUAUAUCUUCAUGGAGUUUCUACCUGGGUCAUCAGUUCACGACCACAUCAAGCAACAUGGAGCUUUGAAUGAAAGUUUGACGAGAAAAUACACAAGACAAAUCGUAGAAGGAGUUUGUUACCUUCAYUCGAACAGAAUUGUACACAGAGAUAUCAAAGGAGCCAAUAUCCUUAGAGAUAUUAACGGCAAUAUAAAACUGGCAGAUUUUGGAGCUUCAAAACGUCUACAGACUAUUAGAAGCAAGACAGGAUUCCGUUCCGUACAUGGAACUCCAUACUGGAUGGCGCCUGAAGUCAUCAAUGGCGAGGGCUAUGGAAGGAAAGCCGAUGUCUGGAGCAUUGGAUGCACAGUUGUGGAAAUGUUAACUACAAAGCCUCCAUGGGCAAACCUAGAACCAAUGGCUGCUUUGUUUAAAAUAGCUACACAAGCUACAGAACCUGACCUCCCUCAGGAAUCUACAAAAGACACCGUGGAAUUUGUACGAGCAAUCUUAGUAAGAGAGUCACAAGCAAGACCAUCAGCAGACGAUCUUUUACUCUUUUCCUUCAUAUACAACUGCCCUCUAUCAACUUGCUUAUAGCCUGAAAGCAUUGGGCUUACUCUGUACAGUUCAACUUCCUUCUUUCGAAGGCUUAUAGCUAAUGAUUUCAACAGCAUUCUACUAUAAAGUACAGGAUUUUUCAUCGAGCAUGGUACAAUUAAUACCAAAGGCAUCGAUGGUUUUCAGAUCGUAUUAUACMUCGCUGAUAUCUAAAUAAGUCCUUGCAUGAAGUCAUCUUGGCUUAGAACUCCGUCAACUCUAGAAUUGAUCAUCGAUUCUCUCAUCAUUUCGCUUAUGAAGRUGGAAGAAACAUUAUUUUUUGGCAAUAUUUUGCUGGUAAUUUGAUAUUAUGCAGUUGAGUGUAUUUAAAUUUCUUUCRAAACCUCUGCAGGAUAAGACCAGUGCAAUGUGAACACAAUAUUAUAAGACAUUGAACAGCAAUUUCAUAGAACCGGUUGUAUUUACAAGCAAUUCCGCCGGAUAAAAUUACGAUAGAUAUGUUUAACAAUGAAGUUAAACAAGAAGGAACUUUGGCCUUGAAAAUGUUAGAUUAGAUAAAUAUAUCAAUKCCUGAUUUCCACAUUUCUAAUCUGCAUUGCGUUCACAGAAAGCCAAGAAAGUGGCAAUGAAAUAGUUUCACGGAUUUAUGAAUUGAACGUUAUGACGUCACCGAGUUGUGAACAAAUUGCAUUGUAAAAAAAAGAACAUUUUUUGUAAUUUGCUAUAGAUUUAAUAAUAUUAAAUUAAUUUGUUUAAAUUAUUCAAAUGUAAUACCAUUUUAUUUAAAAUGAUUAGAUAGAAGCCAAGGGUUAUUUUUGUAAAUAUUUUUUUCUUGCCCAAAUGAAACGAAUUCCAUCAUUUGAAAAUAUGAUAUAUUGUAGAUACUCAUUUUAAUUGUAGAUAAAUUCCAUUUUUUGUAAUUAAAGUAUAUGCCAAAAUCA